UAACAAGGGAUACAUGCACUGAAGUUCUGCAAACAUUUCAUCAUCAGAAAAAAUUUACUGGCUCACCGGUUUUGAUGAGCGACUUGAAACUCCGCAAAAAAGACAACCUCCAUGAACUUAAGAACUUUGAUCCAAGGCCAGUGGAGUUCCGAAACAGGCCUGGAUAUCCAGAUUUAUUCAGGAGUGUUUGGCUCAACUCUUCUGCAGAUGAUCUACCGAUACGGCAAAUGUAUGCACCAGCAAACAUCAUGGCCAUCAACAAUGACCACGAUUAUCUACAGAAAACUCCAGAAGAAUACUUUCUUGACGAGUUAGAUGUGAUUACCAUUAGUGAGCAAAAACGAGCACAGACUGAAGAGGCAACGCGAGGGCAGAGUUCAAAUAAAGUUUGGAUAAGGGAAAGAGAAAAGCGCCUUCAUGCUUCCAGCUAUGGUAAAAUUUGUAAAGCAGGUCCAAGAACAGAUUUAAAUAAAAUGGCGCAAUCACUCACAAAUACUGAGACUUUCACAAGUAAAUACACUGAACAUGGAAAAAAAUACGAGUUUGUUGCAGUGAAGGAUUAUUCUACUGAAACAGGUAACAAAGUUGAAAGUUGUGGUAUAUACGUAUGUGCACAACACCCAUUCUUGGGUUGUUCCCCCGACGGUCUGGUAGGCAAAGAUGGAAUUAUUGAGGUGAAAUGCCCGUACAGUUGUAAAGAUCUUGAAAUAUCUCCAGCAAAUGUACCAUACUUAAAGUACAAUGACCGUGGUGAAAUGGCUCUGAAGGAGAAUCAUAACUACUACUAUCAGGUUCAGGGAAACCUGAUCUGCACCGGCAGACAAUGGUGUGAUUUUAUAGUGUGGACAUUUAAAGAUGUGAGCAUAAUGAGGAUCCAACGAAAUAACACAUUUAUUGAAGAAGCCACCACAAAAUUACAGUACUUCUUCAAUCAUCACUUUAGGAAAGCAGUGUUGGACAAGUAUUUUUACAGGGAAACUUACAAGUAUGCAUUUUGUUCUAAACCAAUGGAGGAAUGACAACAAUGCUGAAAAUAAACUUUCAUUUCUGAGAUCUACUUGGUUGGUUGUCUGUGGUUCUCCUGUAGACUUAAUAUCAACUGAUGCAUGUAUGUAUUUUUAAUGGGCUAUUGCUUCAUAUUUUGUUUCUACAGACUCACUUAUCAUGUUUUUUUUACAGUGUGAUGCCACUUUGUUAAAAGAUUUCGCACUAAAUUGGUGUCAAUUAUAAUGACAUUUGAAACCACCUUAACGCAAGGUUAGAGGCUUGUUAAUGUUUU